AUGUAUCCACAUAUCUCUCCAAAUAUCAAUCCACGUAUAAAUCCGGGCAUCAUUCCACGUAACUAUACAGGAUUAUAUCCACGUAUCCAUCCACGUAUCCAGCCACGUAUCUAUCAAAGCAUCAAUCCGCGUAUCUAUCAACGUAUCUAUCCACAUAUCAAUCCACGUAUCAAUCCGUGCAUCAAUCCACGUAACCAUCCAGGAAUCUAUCCACGUAUCUAUCCACGUAUCCAACCACGUAUUUAUCCACGCAUCAAUCCGCGUAUCUAUCCAGGUGGCUAUCCACGUAUAAAUCCACCUAUCAAUCCGGGCAUCAAUCCACGUACCUGUGCAGGGUUCUCUCCACAUAUCCAUCCACGUAUCCGACCACGUAUAUAUCCACGUAUCUAUUCAGGUAUGCAGCCAAGUAUCAAUCCACCUAUCCAAAGACGUAUUUAUCCACAUAUCCAUACACGUAUAUAUCCACGCAUCCAUCCACGUAUAUAUCAACGUAUCUAUUCCCGAAUCUAUCCACGUAUCUAUUCACUUUUCAAUCCAGGUAACAAUCCACGUGUCUGUCCACGUAUCUCUCCACGUAUCAAUCCACUCAUCAAUCCACGUAUCUAUUAA